UCGGUGAAAGCUGUCAUGGAUCCAAACCCCAUGCCUCCUGGCCUUCACCAGUACAGUGUCAUCGUCUCCACUGCACAUAGGGAAAUGAAGUUCACCGCACCGACUAAAGAGAGACAUGAUAUUUGGUUUAAUGCUUUGAGUUAUUUGCUCUCUAGACAAAACGGCCAACCUGGUCAAUCCACUGGCGACCGAACGCCUCUUACUUCAGCCUCAGCUAAUCAGCAGCGUCCCCCGCUCCCCAGUGAAGAGCCGAGAUCUGCGGGAUAUACCCCACGUAGUCCCCGCAUGGGUCAAUCUGCAAUUACAGUCGACUCCAUGGGAACGCCAAGAGGAGCACGUAGCGUCUCACGAAUGUCUAACCCCUAUGGUUCUGUAGGAAAGCGUAAUGGUACCGCCGCAGCCGAAUAUAUGCGUUGGACCGGGGACGCGCCUGCUAGCCCAUCCAAGAUGGAGGAUAGGACCAGUGGUGAUUUCCACAUUCAUGAACACGAUGAUGCCUAUGAUGGUCUGGAGAAUGUCCGUGCCUGCUGCGAUGGCAAACACGAU